AUGGCUACGGCAAAAUUCAAACUCUUUUUCCACGUCCCCCCAGCGGCUCUCGAGGCCUGUAAAGCUGCAGUUUUCGCUGCUGGCGCUGGUCGCUACCCAGGCCCAGGCCAAUAUACCGAGACCUGCUUCGUGAUUCCGGGCAGGGGCCAGUUUCGCCCGGGCGCCACAGCGAACCCAAACAUCGGAACCCCCGAAACGCUGGAGCAGUUGGAGGAAAUGCGAGUCGAGACGUUGUGCGUGGGCGAAGAAACAGCGAGGAAGGCAGUGGAAGCGCUGAAAAGGGCGCAUCCGUACGAGGAGGUUUCGUAUGGGGUUAUUCGGUUAGAGGACUUUUGACUUGACUCGGUGGAUAAAGCACAGGCACACACACACAGUCCUUACUCCUUGCGUCCUCGAGGAUGCGAUUUCGGGUACGGAGUUGUGGGGACGGAAUGAUCUGUAUCCACUGCAAAUGCACGUUCAUCUGAAGUUAAACAAGAUGUGCUGUCACUGAAAUAAAGAUUGACAACGGGUGAGGAAUGGUCAAGUAUCUGUGGAUUGGUUUUGUCAAUAAUUUUCCAUUUACCAAGCAUCUUUGUCCUUUCUAUGCGUACCUAGGUGGUAUACUACAGAGUAAUUAGAUCAAGUAGAUUGGGCCACGCGGAUUCUAAGGUAUCUGUUUAAUCUCAUUUCACUCAGUGAGUGUAGUCUACUCUAUAAUUUGGAAUGGUG